CAUCCACACAUUUUAUUUGACACUGAUAAAUUUUUGAUGUACAUAAUUACUUAUAUGGAAUUAGACAUGAUAAAUCGUUAACACUAUUUUUUUUAAAUUGUUUAAUGCACACAAAUACUUCCAUUCUGAGUAGAACUUUGGUAUAAAUAUAUUUUGUUAUGUUCUAAAGUUGUAUGAUUUCGAAAGAGCCUCUAAACGUCCUUGCCACUUUUUUGACACACUCAAUUCAUUAAUAUUUAAUUAAACUACAAGAUUUUAUUUAUUUAAAACAUGUUGCAAAAUAUAUUUACAAUGCGAGUAUGUACAAUUGGUUUGUAGAGUUAUCAAGAUGAGGAACAACAAAUGGGAGAUUUUGAUGUUGGAUCUUUUCCAAAAGAUUUUGGAUAUGGAGCCUUUGAACAAGAUGUUAAUAAUGUUGGUUCAAUACCUAGUGAACAAAAACCUAGGAUAUUACUCAUGGGUCUCAGGCGGUCAGGGAAAUCGUCAAUACAAAAGGUUGUUUUCCACAAAAUGUCUCCGAAUGAAACCUUGUUUUUAGAAUCAACCAAUAAAGUUGUUAAGGACGAUAUCAACAACAGUAGUUUUGUGCAAUUUCAAAUAUGGGACUUUCCUGGACAAAUAGAUUUUUUUGACCCAACAUUUGAUUCAGAUAUGAUUUUUGGAGGAUGCGGUGCCUUGGUAUUUGUCAUUGAUGCUCAAGAUGAUUAUAUGGAAGCACUCAAUAAGUUAAAUUUGACUGUUACAAAUGCUUAUAAAGUUAACUGUAAUAUAAAGUUUGAAGUUUUUAUACAUAAAGUAGAUGGCUUAAGUGAUGAUAUCAAAAUGGAGGUUCAAAGAGAUAUUCACCAGAGAGCUACAGAUGAUUUAACAGACACUGGUUUUCAUCAAAUUAAUCUUAGUUUCCACUUGACUUCGAUUUACGAUCAUUCAAUUUUUGAAGCAUUUUCAAAGGUCGUACAAAAAUUAAUACCUCAGUUACCUACAUUGGAGAAUUUACUCAAUAUCCUGAUAUCGAAUUCUGCAAUUGAAAAAGCCUUUUUAUUUGAUGUCGUAUCAAAAAUCUAUAUUGCUACUGACAGUUCUCCAGUUGAUAUGCAGAGUUACGAAUUAUGCUGUGAUAUGAUUGAUGUUGUAAUAGAUGUGUCCUGUAUUUAUGGAAUAAGUGAUGAUGUAGAUACCACUGCAUUUGAUAAUCAAAGUUCCAGUUUAAUAAAACUUAAUAAUGGAACUAUACUUUACUUACGAGAAGUAAACAAAUUUCUUGCACUAGUGUGUAUACUGAGGGAAGAUAAUUUUGACAAACAAGGGGUUAUAGAUUAUAACUUUUUAUGCUUUCGGGAAGCCAUCCAGCAAGUUUUUGAAUUAAGGAGCAAAGCACAAAAAAUAUCAGAAUCAACAUUAAAUGUAUCAUCUAAUAUUAAUAGUCAGCCUGAGAUAGGCUCUACUAAUAAUGUUUUGAAUGGAAACCUGCAUAUGAAUGGCAAUGAAACACUUUUGUCAGGAAGUUCUAGUCAUAAACCAAAUAAUAAUGGUUCUUCCGUUUUAAUAGUGCAUAGUUAACUCAACUUAACUCUUACACAC